AGCGCGAUGGGUCAUUGUGGUGCCGAAUUGUGUCGAGUUUCUCGAGAUCUUUCAUGCCAUCCUAUGGACAGGUGGUGUUGUGUGUCCCAUCAACCAUGCUCUCAAGGCAUCUGAAAUUGGCCAUGGUAUUGCGGUCUCGAGACCUCACUUCAUCGUCGCGUAUGGCUCAAUGAUAGAGUCCACGAUCCAGGAAGCCGUGCAUGUAGCGGUGAGAGAGCUUCGUCAGGAAGGGGUAUACUGGGAACCACCGCCAAUACUUUCCAUUGUGAGACGAAGCAAGCAAGCGAGACAUAUCCCGGAUGACUUUGGGGCUUCAACUCAACUCUCAAUACCACACUGGCCAGACACCUCGAAACGACUGGCCUCAAUACACCUUUCGUCCGGCACAACAGGCAAACCAAAAGGCGUCGAACUGACGCACUACAACUUCGUCGCCAAUGUCAUGCAACUCGUCGCCCUAGACCACAAACGCCAAAUGUUCAACUCGGCCUGCAGAACCGUUGCAUUCACACCCUGGGCUCACAUCGCCAUGACCACGGCUCCGUUCUUCCUCGGUCCGUAUACCGGCAUGUUCCAUCACGCAAUGCCACAGUACAGCAUCGAGGAAUACGGCAAGCUCGUGGGCUCUACGCAAGCUACCAUGUUUCAAGGCGUCCCGAGCGUGGUGCUAGGUCUGGCAAACUCGGACGUUACAAAGCGAUACGACUUCUCCAAGGCGCAGGUCAUCAACAUCGGUGGCGCGCUUCUGAAGCCGGCGCAGCUCUCGAGGUUGCUCAGCCGGGCGCCGUGGAGGCUCAUUCAGGCGUACGGGAUGACGGAGGCGGCUGGGUAUGUGGCCUACCAGGGGUUUGAGGAAGUCGUCCCCGAUGGCUGCACCGGGAAGCUUCUGCCCGGUAUAGAGGCUGCUCUUCAAAAGGAGGGAACGACUGAAGACGCACCCCAAGGUGGCCCUGGAGAAUUAUGGCUUCGGGGUCCGAAUAUCACGCGGGGCUACGCGUUCAAUGCAGACGCAAACAGGGAGGCGUUCCCCGUUGAUGGGUGGUAUAAUACCGGAGAUGUUUGCCGUAUAGAUGAGCAGGGACGGCUAUCGAUUGUUGGGCGAACAAAGGAGUUGAUCAAGUACAAGGGCUUUCAGGUGAGCCCGACAGAACUCGAGCAGAUUCUCAACUCUCAUCCUCUUGUAAGAGAGUCUGGCGUGGGGGCUCUCUGGGAUGAGAGUCAGUUGACGGAGGUCCCUGCGGCGUGGGUUGUACUCAAGGAAGACAACAAGAACAGGAUAAAGGGGCGCAACAAGAUCAUUGGAGCUUUGAAGGAAAUCCAGAAAGCAGUAGACGAGCAAGUCAGUGGGUACAAGAAGCUUAGGGGCGGUAUUUGGGCCGUGGAUAAACUCCCGAGGAACGCCACGGGAAAGAUUCUGAGGAGAGAUUUGGUGCGAAUGACUGAGGGGUUGUGUUCUUUGGAGGGUGGCAGGAAGUUCGUCGCUAAGCUGUAAAGGUUGACUUGAUCGGGAGAUAGAUCUAAUCUGGACAGUGUUAGGAAGUCAGUGUGCCUUACUGGGGGACCUAUGUCACUCAUUAUACCCAAAGAGUGUCUAUGGCUUUGCUCCCAGCACCUAAGUCUCCGUAGUGUCACGUAGUAUUGGUUGUCAGAAGUGAUUGACAUCGAAUUUACGAGGAUCUCUGGC